AUGCAAAAUGAAAGCUCAAAAGGCGACAGGAUAGUUGUGAGGCAUGUUUCAGUGCAAUGUCUCCCGAUGAAUCAGAGAUGCAGGUUCUUGAUAAAAAUCAGAAUGAACCAGAUGGGGGCUUUGAACCAGUGGAGGAUGAUGAAACACCACAUCGUGAGGAUCAGAACAUGAACCAGUCAGAUCCAUGGAACACGAACCAGUCAGAUGAAGAUGAACAGAAGUCACAGGAAUCUUACCAGUGUGUUGUCUGUGAGUCAUCAUUCCAUCAACCGUCUGACCUUGAACUUCACAUCAGGGAUCAUCUAGGUGGAACUCCGUUUCAUUGUGAAGUCUGCGGAAAAAAUCUGGCAUCAAGGAAGACGUUGUAUAAACACAAGUUAACACACAAAAAUAAGUCAACCAAAAUAGCCAGACCACAGAGAGAGAUUUCUCCAAAAGUGACAAGAAGAAGAGGUAGAACAAGGAAAUCUUUUACGUGUGAAGUCUGCAAGGAAGAGUUUCGUCAGAGCGAAAAGCUCUCAGAACAUUUGAGGACACAUACAAGUGAUAAGCUGUUUAGGUGUGGAGUGUGUACAAAAACCUUCCUAACUGUGAUUUCUCUAUCCCUUCACCUGAGAACUCAUUCCGGGCUCAGGCCAUACACGUGUGACCUCUGCGGGAAGACCUUCGCUAGGAUAGGUACGCUUCAAGGUCACAUGAGGACCCACUCAGGUGACCGGCCUCAUGGCUGCGAAACCUGUGGGAAAAGAUUCGCAGAACGUUCAACUUUAUAUAAACACAGAAUGACCCAUAGGGAUCACUUUAAAUGUACAGAAUGCAGUUUGGAAUUCACAUCCUUUAAUGGACUCAAACGUCAUCGAGCAACCCAUAAUGUGAGCCAGGCAAAGAGUGUGAAGGAAAUUGGAGGAAUUUGUGAAAUUUGUGGAAAAACCUUUUCGAAGCGACAAGUAUUAGAGAGACAUAUGUCAACACACCUACCUGUAGGAGAGAAGCCUUAUACUUGUGAGAUCUGUGGUAAAGCGUUGGCGUGUUCAUCAUCACUGCAGGCACACAGAAGAAUCCAUACUGGAGAGAAACCGUACACCUGUAAGGUGUGUGGGCAGAGGUUCCGUUGUCGUUUAUCUGUGAGACUUCACUUGGCCAAGCAUGCAGGGGUUAAACCCUAUAAGUGUAACUUGUGUCAGAAAUCCUUUUCUGGACCCACAGGUCUAAAGCACCACAGAAAUGUUCACUCCGGUUACAGGCCCUAUCGGUGUGAAGUGUGCGGGAGGGAAUUUCACAGGAAAAAUGUUUUAAAGGAUCACAUGAUAACUCACACCAAUGACAGACCUUAUCAAUGUGAUCACUGUGACAAGGCAUUUAAAGACCCCCCUUCUCUACGUAGACACAAAAUGCUGCACUCACACAUAAAACCAUUCAGUUGUGAAGCUUGUGGAAAGUCGUUCGCUUUAAGGGCUUUUCUAAACCGUCAUAAGAAAAUUCACACACAGUCAGGGCAGUCCAGCCCUUCACGAUCGUUUAUCUGCCAUGUGUGUGAUAAAUCCUUUAAGAGUCUGAGGUAUUUAAAAGUCCAUAUGUUCACACAUACAGGGGAAAAGCCACAUAAAUGUGGAGAAUGUGGAAAGGGAUUUACAAGAAAAUCUUUACUGAAGGACCAUCUACGUGUUCAUUCAAAUGAACGACCAUUUCGUUGUAGUGUUUGUGAGAAAACAUACAAAGAUCCAGGUUCUUUGCGGUCGCACAAGUUGACUCAUGAAGAAAAUCUAUUUCCAUGUAAAGACUGUGGAAAAUCAUUUCCCAGAGCUCAUCUUUUGGAAAAACACCAGAUUAUUCAUUCUGAACAAAAUCCAAACAAAUGCAAUGUUUGUGGUAAACCAUUUCAAAAUCUGAGCUAUUUAAAAGUCCAUAUGCUUACACAUUCAGAGGAAAAGCCACAUAAAUGCAAAGAAUGUGGAAAGGGAUUUACAAGGACGUCUUUGCUGAAGGACCACCUACGUGUCCACACAAAUGAACGACCAUUCCGUUGCAGUGUUUGUGAUAAAACUUACAAAGACCCUGGAUCUCUGCGUUCACACAAGUUGACCCAUGCAGAAAAACUAUUUCCAUGUAAAGACUGUGGAAAAUCAUUCCCAAGAACUCAACUGUUAGAAAAACACAGCAUUAUUCACAGUAAUGAAACUCCUUACAAAUGUCAUGUUUGUGAUAAAGCAUUUAAAACAUUGAGCUAUUUGAAAGUUCAUGCUUUAACACAUACAGGGGAAAAGCGACAUAAAUGUAAAGAAUGUGGAAAGGGUUUCACGAGGACAUCUUCGCUGAAGGACCAUCUGCGUAUUCACUCAAACGAACGACCAUUCCAUUGCGAUGUUUGUGACAAAACAUACAAAGACCCUAGCUCGCUACGUUCACACAAACGGACUCAUGAAAGAAAUUCAUUUCCUUGUCAAGACUGUGAGAAGUCAUUUCCCAGAGCUCAUCUUUUGGAAAAACACAGAAUCUUCCACACCGACGAAAAUCCCUAUAAAUGUACUCUGUGUAAGAAGUCGUACUCCAUCUAUAACAGUUAUAGGCAGCAUAUGUUGACACACCCCGAAAACAGGAAGCACGAGUGUGAAGUCUGCAGUAAAAAGUUUGCCCGGAGGGAACAUCUAGAAGGACACAUGAGGAGGCAUUCGGGGGAGAAGCCGUUUAAAUGUGAACUGUGUGAUAAAGCGUACAGCGACUCCUCCACCCUACGUACACAUAUGUAUACCCAUGGGGAAAAGAAGUUUUCCUGCAAACAGUGUGGAAAAUUGUUCUCAAAGCCAUUUCUUUUAAAGAAACAUAGUAGAGUUCACAAUUCGGGGGAAGUUUUUGAGUGUGAUCAGUGCGAGAAGACAUUCAAGUCAAAGAAGUAUCUGUCACAACAUCGGUUAAAUCACACAGAAAACAAACCACAUAAAUGUCAUGUCUGUGGAAAGAGCUUUGUGAGGAAAGAUGUGCUGACUGGCCACAUGAGGAGUCACUCUAAAGAAAGGGAGUAUAAAUGUGACGUCUGUACAAAGGCCUAUAAGAAUCCAGAGUCACUGCGGAAUCAUAAAAAACAGCACCUUGAAGACUUACAGAAAUCCAGAGUCACUGCAGAAACAUGAAAAA